CUGUUUCACUACAGAAGAAGGAGAGAAGCAUUAGUAUACCAUAUACCUAAACCCCCAAAUCGUUAAACCCUAAACACUCUGAAUGGCUCGUUUAAUCCGAAUUGCUCAAACUACGCUUCGGAAUUGUUCUUCUUGUUCACCCAAAACCCUAAUUAAUGGCCACCCAAAUCCUCCUCUGCUGCAAAUGCACAACAGACCUUACGCUUCUGAGGCACUCUCCACAUCGCCCUUGACUGCCAACAUCCUUAGAAUCCUGCGCACUGAAAUCGAGUACCAGUCAGAGUCUGCUCCUCCUCAUCAGCCUCCUGCAAAGUUCAAUUCUUUUGCGGUGGAAGAUCGGCCCGGGGAGCAGUGGAUUACAAUGAGACGCAAAUUUGGAGAUACUGAAGAGAUUAAGAUUGAAGUUACUAUGUUUGAUGGGUAUGAAUCUGUUCCCAAGACUGGAGAUGACGGCUCUGGGGAAGAUUUGCGUCUUCACAUUAGUGUGCUUGUUGAUAUUUCCAAGGGUGACGCCUCCAAUGAUCUCGAGUUCCUGUGCUCGGCCUGGCCGGACCGUUUGGAGGUUCAGAAAGUUUAUGUUCUUCACCGUGGUAGAAUGCCGGCGAAGCCUUAUUUGGGACCCGAUUUCAGGGAUGUGAAUGAGGAGAUUCAAAAGAAGCUUCGUGGUUAUUUAGAUGCAAGGGGAGUAAAUGAUGGGCUUUCUUUGUUCUUGCAUCAGUAUAUGAUGAACAAGGAUAGAAUAGAACUUAUCCGAUGGUUGGGGAAUCUCAAGUUGGCUGUGGAGAAAUAGAAUGGUACAUUUCUAAGACCUCAAGUUACACUUGAUCGGUAGUUAAUUGUACUCCUUCGUUUAGAAACAUGGCAUUGAUACGGAAUUAGGUUCUGCAUAAGAUUGAGUAGCUGACUGUAUAUGCUUUAUUUGAAAGCAUUACUUGAAAGUCUCGAGUUAUGUAAAGCAUGUAUCUCCCGGAAACUGAAUAUUAUUGGCCAGCAACUCUGCCUAGUUGUGUCUCGAAACUGUUUUUGAUUGUAUGGAUUUACUGCAAGCAAAGUGAUGGGACAUUGGCAUUUU